CGAAAUUCAGCAACCACGAUGGCGAUGAUGGCGCUGUUGCGACGAGGAGCAAGGUGUGUUGUGGGCGGUGGAGCGGGGCGUGCGCAGGCUUGUUGGCACAUCGCCAGCCCGCGUUGCCUGUCAACAGCAGCCCGGUAUUCGUUUCCCAAGGAGAAGGAAGCUGUCCCAGUCAGCGAGCUGGAGAAAGAGCUGGAGAAGAACCCGUUUGCAUCGCGUUACCAGGAUAAAAUCAAGCAGCAGCUGAAGUCCAAGUCUGUGGUGCAGGAUGGCGUGGAGGUGUUUGAGAAAGACCUGUCCUUCACCAAGCUGCAGUCGUCGGACGAAGAUGCGACCGCCAAAAAGCUCCAAGAGGAGCUCAUCAAGCACGCAACUGACGCUAAGCAGCAGCCACACGGUGAAAGCGAGGGGCUUGACUUUGUGGACAAGUGCGACCUGCCGCCGUUUGUACCGCGCCUCGACAGCAUCCUGCACGUGCACAAGCUGCGCGACGUGGCACCAGAGGACAUUGCACGCACAUGGACACAGCACAUUGCCACCAGUGACUCUCGGCUCUCUGCCGUCAUUCCGGCCGAAACAUAUGAUCUCCUCCACGCCCGCGGCAAGGAGAGCCCGCUGUUCCUGUAUCCGCUGCCACAGGGAGGAAGCGGCUACGACUUUUACGUCGGCCAAUUUGCCGGAAACGUCUGCGCCUUCACCAGCUUGCUCGAAUACCAGACACAUGCGGAGAAUGCGCGCCCUGUGCUGACGCUCUUCCACUACACUGAGCUCAAGCGAAGCAAAGGUCACGUGCUGAUGAUGGGAGAGCUCGACAUUGACCGGAUGAACAUGGCGGCUGCGCAGCUGCUGGUGCAUCAGCUACAGCUGUUCUACGCCAACCAGACGGAGGACGCGAAAGACGCAUAUGAUCUCGUGCGCCAGUUUAACACAAGGCCCGGCUCGUUUGACUACAAUGACCUGCUGCGGCGGUUCCAGGAAUGGUUCUCGUCGACCAUGGCCGGCGUGGGCGCUGACGCCAUCAAGCACGACCCAGCACCCCACACGCCAGACAAGCAGUAGCAGUUGUAGGGUCGUUGUUUGACAACGCAUCACCAACCAUAGCCGCACGGCACCAAUAAACAAUAGACAGCA